AUGGCUGAGCCAGGUGACCUGAUUGAGAUAAUCAGAGGGAUAUACAGUCACUGGGCACUGUUUAUUGGAAAUGGAGAAGUUAUUCACCUCACAGGAGAUGGUGUUCCAGCUAAAGGUGCCAUCCUGGGCAUUUUGGCUAGCAUUGGAUCAUUUAGUGGCAUUGCUAUUGUGAAGAAGGAGAAGCUCAAGGAAGUAGCAUUAGGUGACAAAUGGUCAGUGCACAACCGCCUGGAUAAUAACUGCGAGACUAAAUCCCCAGAUGUCAUCCUGAAAGAGGCAGAGCAACUGGUUGGCCAGGAGAUACCAUAUAAUCUCCUCACCAACAACUGUCAGCAUUUUGUUACCAAUCUGCGCUAUGGCAAACCAGCAUGCAGGCAGAUCCGAAAAGUGAUUUCAGCAGUGAAGGGUUCUUUUGGUUCCUAGUCUCUCUGAGAGGCAUUGCCAUUUCACCAAGCUGACAAAUGACUUUGAUGGUUACACUCUGAUGCACUUACUAAAGAAAAUGUUAACGUUAAG